UUAUUCGUCCAAAUAGCACCACCCUUCUUGUUUUGUCAAUAUACAUAAUUUUAUCAGUUCCUUCAACAUCAGCAGCCUCACUUUCCCCUUUGUUUUGUCACUUGCCCUCGUUCCGCAGUCCCAUCAUCCAUGGCUUCGUUUUCAAAUUUUCAUUUCAUCAUCGGCAUCAUCCUUCUUGUUAAUAUAGUUCAAGGAACUGGUGGCGAGAUUGUAUUCGAGGAAGGUUACACCGUCUCGACAGUUAUCGACGGCGACAAGCUUCACAUUAACCCUUACUCUGUCUUCUCCUUGUAUGGAUCAUCGUCCGAUCUGAUCAUUCUCGACUCCGUUAAAAGUACAUUUUACACAGUCUCGUUUUCCGAUUCUCAAGUGAGUGAGAUGGAGCUCUCUGGUAAUGGUGUUGCUGGGUACAAGGAUGGUGAUUUGGGGUCUGCCAUGUUCAAUAAGCCCAAAAGCUUUGCUCUUGAUAGGAAAAACAACAUCUACAUUGCAGACAAAACCAACCAUGUCAUAAGGAAAAUAACCAAAUCAGGCGUGACCACAAUUGCUGGAGGGUAUGUACAAAAGACAGGAAAAGCAGAUGGACCUGCACAAAACGCAUCAUUCUCUGAUGAUUUUGAAUUGGCUUUUGAUCCUCAAAGAUGUGCUCUAUUGAUCUCUGAUCAUGGUAAUAGAUUAGUCAGACAACUUGAUCUGAAGCCCAAUGAUUGUAGUGGCAGUUCUUCUGGAUCUGGAGUGGGGUCCACCACAGCUUGGAGUAUAGGCGUGAUAGUUGCUUGUAUUAUUGGGUUGAUAAUCGGGUUUGCCAUUCGUCCUUAUGUCCUUCCUCAUACAGGAAACAACAUCAGGCCAGGUCAGCAUGACAUGGAAGCAUUACCUAAUCAAUCUGGAGAAACAAGUGGCGACCUUUUGCUUCGUCAUCAGAAGCGCAAUUGUUAGCCAUAAACUCUCCCAAUUUCCAAUCAGACUUUUGAGGUUAUCUCUUUCUCAAAUCUCUCUAAUGUUUGGGCUUAACAUCAUUAGGCCUCCACCUACCCCUGUAAAACCUAUUGUGUCUUUGUUAGAUUGUGAUGACGUGGCACCUACGUGUGUGACAACUGUGUCUUUAUUAGAUAAGUUAGGUAACAGUGAGACAUCCAUAACCCAGGAUUUAGUUAACGAGUUGAAGGAUUUAGUUACUUUUGAUGCUACCCUUAAAAACCCUAAACCUUUGUUAGAUCAAGAAAAUGGUUAUGGUGUCAAAAAUGAAGAGAAGUCGAAGAUAGAUAGGCAGAUAUAUGCUAACUUUGAGGGUUUUGUGGAAAGUAGUAGUGCAACUUCAUCCGUUGUUGAAUCCUGGGGGAUUAGUUCUUAGUUUAGUUUAGUUUUGUUUUGUUUGUAAGUCAUAUGUCUGGUUUGCUACUUUUGUCUACUUGUUAAUGUGUUGAAAGUUUGAUGAAAUGUUAUGUAAAAAGUAUGAAUGAUAGCUUUCUA